GAGACGAUUCCAGCAAGGGGCCGCCUAUGGAUAGGUUUGCUGAUUACCGUACAGUUGGAAAACAGGGUUUGGAUGACAUAUUUAGCCCUUAAACGACUGAUUUUAAGAAUUCUAAUUUGAGUAAUGGAUACUAAUGCAUCAUGAAAUAUCUUCUAAUCAAUCAAAAACGAGCUAAUUUUACCGAAUGAUUAUCCAACUGAAUUCCCUACACAUCCCAGUGAGAACUCGCGAUGAGCUGGUUCGUGGCGCGCACCUACUUCGACACUAUACGACCCGUGUACCGUGCGUCCCGGCUUCUGCUGGUCCAUUUUACCACCAUCGACUUUUCCGCCCGGAUCGUGCACCGGUCUUUGACGGAUCUGGUCUGCUUCGUGCUGGCAGCACUGCUCGAUGUUUACAGCGCGUCCUGUGGACUGCGAGCGAUCCUGGCCUUCCUAAGUCUGACCGAUUCCGUCCUGGUCAACGUGGGAACGUACGGAGCUACGGUGCUUUGCUGCCUUUUUGCGGUGACCGUGCCCUGGUGGAACAACUACAACGGCUUUGUCAUCUUUGAGCUGUACAACAACAUUGCCAGGUGUAGCGAUGAGCUGCUGGUGCUGGGACUGACUGUGAAUCACCGGAGGAAGUUCAUACUGGCCACGGUGUACGUGACGUACUUUGUGAGCUUGCCGUUCCAAGUGCUGCUGACCUACAGUUACGCACCGUCACUGUUCAAGUGGGUUGGAAUGGAUCGGUUGUACACGGACUUUAGGUCGACGUUCGCUUUUGCUCGCAUGCUGCUGAUACUGUGUCUUUGCAACUGCUACUCUUCUCUUACGCUUCUAUCGCUCAGAACUCACUUUAAGCUGCUCAACGAAGCGAUUUGCAAAUACUUUCCAACGUCCGUUCAAACGCAGGCUUCACACGUUGGAGACGUACCAUCCACUCAGCGCUUGAUCCAAACGUUGGCCAAGCUGCACGAACGACUCAGUAACACGGUGCACCUAUUCAACCACUGCUUCUCAAUGCAGUACGCGGUCCUGAUGUGGGCUGGCUACGCGUUCACCAUAUUCUCGGCGUUCUUCCUGAUCCACUCGUACACAACCAAUGUGACGGCGGAAAUGCGGUGGCUCUCCCGCACCAACAUGGUCCUCGAUGGCUUGUUUGUCUUUUACAUCGUGGAAUUCAUGGCGUUGGCGAGUGUUGUGAACUCGGAGUGCUCACGUACGGUAGUUGUGAUCCACAAAGUAAUAGCGUACGGAAGAUUCGAAAAACGAGUCUUGAAAGAACUUCGCACCUUCUCGCAGCAGUUGAGCCAUCACUCGCCACGGAUCACAUGCCACUUGUACGACUUCAACUGGGAACUGUUUUACCGGAUGGCCGGCACGCUCACGACGUACCUCGUCAUUCUGAUACAGUUUGACUUGAAGAACAUCAACUACGAAACGCUUUAGUAGCUCGGGCUCGAAAGGGUUACAGCCAACCUUCAACGAUCCGGCGACGACGCCAGUUUGAGUUUGCAUCCGGACAAGGACGUGAUUCCGGCCGCAUGAUAUUCCGGGUGAUUU